UUGAUUGAAUGAAGCUGUGGAAAAAAUCACGUUGAUAAUUUUCGUACGUUCGUCGUAAUUUUGUUCUACCUAGUUCUAAAAACAGAAGUUUCCAGUGCAUAUAAAGAUUCCAUCAUAAAAUAAAUCAAAAUGGCCUUCGUCGCUCCAAAUUUACGGAAAUGCGUUAGCUUAGUGAAUAUGAAUAGUUUGGGAGUGCGAAUAACACAAACCACAUCUUACCAUGCAAACGUUAUUGACCAUUAUGAAAACCCGCGCAAUGUUGGUUCCAUGGACAAAAAAGACAAAAAUGUUGGCACAGGCUUAGUGGGCGCUCCUGCUUGUGGUGAUGUAAUGAAACUUCAGAUCAAAGUUGAUGAUAAUGGAAAGAUUAUUGAUGCAAAGUUCAAGACAUUUGGAUGUGGCUCGGCGAUUGCUUCAAGUUCUUUGGCAACUGAAUGGGUGAAGGGCAAGACAGUUGAUGAGGCAUUGAAAUUAAAGAACACUGAUAUAGCAAAAGAAUUGUCUUUGCCACCUGUCAAGCUGCACUGUUCCAUGCUUGCCGAAGAUGCCAUAAAAGCUGCUUUGUCAGACUAUAGGAUCAAACAACAAUCAGCCAAGAAAGAAUAGACAAUUUUCAUGAAUAUGGAAUUGGAACAGAUCUGUGAUUAUUUGAGGAUGCAUUGAGUAGUGUGGGAGUAGCCGCUAAGCAUAUAACAAUUGUCAAUGCAUAUAGAAGAAAAUUGGCAAUUUACAAUUAAUUCGAUAUUGAUGUAGAAACUGUGUUGUAAUAGAUUUUAAAUUGUUUUGUUUCAUUAAAUAAUGUAUAGUACAUA